GGUUUGGGUCCCAGUUUUAACAAGCCCUAGAAUAAACCACUUGUCAACGAAGACCUCAUUUCGGUGUCUGAUCUUAUCUAUGGCUGAGUUCACUGAGAUUCAGUAAGGCUCUGAUUUAGAUGGACGCGAAAAAAUCCACAUACUUAUCAUCAGAACAUAAUUUUGCGUAUCAUUUUAAUCCUCUGGAUUUUUAAUAGGAAACGAGCAUUCGUUGCUCAAACAGCGUGGUGAAUCAGGCAGUACGGUUUAGGAGGAUAUUUGCUGAUGAAAAUGUCGCUAGGAAACGGAUUCCUCCUUUACUUUUUUUGUGUACGGUGCUGUGGCAAGCUGAAGUUUAAAAUAGUCCGCAGCGGAAGGCAAAAGAAGAAACUAUUCCAGACGUCCAAAUGUAAUAUUCUUUUGAAAGGGCAAUUCUUCUCUCUAAACUGCGUGAUUCUCAUUUAAGCAACUCAAGUCAAGUCCUAUUUGGGUUGUUUUUUUUUUUUAAGGAGUUGUUCUUCCUGGUGACUCAUCAGACUAAGGAAUUUCUAAGGAAUCUGCUAGACAGAAAAAAACAUGCUGAGAACAGCGAUGAAUCUUCCUUGAAUUAUCUGCUUAUGCAAAUAUAACUUUGCAGAGGCUGAAAAAUGUCACAGCGGUUGGUAAAAGAAGCCUUUCUAAGUAACCUAAAUGGAACGACGUUACUUGAAAUUUCUGUUGGCUUACCUCUUGCACCAUUAUGUGUUCUCACCAGAGGACUGCUCCUAAUUUUGUAUUUUCUCCACAAUGGAAGACCUUUAUGCUCGGUGUAUAGUAAUUUUUUUCUAGACUUCACUGUUUUAAUUGUACCUCUAGUACUUUCCUGUACAAUUUUAGCUUCCAUACUCCCUUUUGUGGUCCUCUCCAUUACGGCAUUCUGCACGGGCUUGAUUUUUGUCAUUUUUACUAAACGGACAAAUUAUGUCCAAGUGUCUCUUAAGCGAAUCUUAGAUGAUUUUCUGAGAACCAACUUGGACCCAGAAUACAUUCCCUCCAUAACCUCGGUUCGAGUGUUCAUCAAUUUAUGGACAUCCAUUAGCAUCCUGGCUGUAGACUUCCCACAGUAUCCCCGGAGGUAUGCCAAAACAGAGUCUUAUGGGACAGGAGUGAUGGAUUUGGGAGUUGGAAUAUUUGUUUUUGGAAAUGGUGUGGUUUGUCCAGAAGUUCGGCUGAAACCUGGUGCAACCCAACACAACUUCUUUUAUCUCACAAGGCAAUUGUUGACCAUAUGGCCCCUCCUUCUCCUUGGCUUUGGACGACUAAUGAGCGUUAAAGCAGCUGACUAUUAUGAGCAUGUCACCGAAUAUGGUGUGCACUGGAACUUUUUCUUCACUUUAGCUGCUAUACGAAUGGGUGCAUCACUUCUUCUGACUCUCUUCCCCGUGCACAAAGCCUGGAUAGUCGCAGUAAUGUUAGCUGUGGUUUAUGAAUGCUUUCUUGAGAUUACACCUCUGAAGAUGUUUAUUUUGCAUGGAAGCAAUGGGCAAGAUUCAAGGACUGGUUUUCUAAAUGCCAACAGAGAGGGCAUAUUUUCUGUCAUCGGUUACCUUGCUAUCUACAUGGCUAGUGUGCAAGUAGGUUUAUCUUUGUUAGGAAAAAGAACAACAGCAAGAGGGUGGCUUAAAAUAAUCAUCUACUUUUUACAGGCUAUUUUUCUCCUUUUUAUAUGUCUCUACAUUGCUCAGAUGUACAUUGACACUGUGUCCCGACGAAUGGCAAACCUUUCUUUUUGUAUAUGGAUUGUUGCUAGCUGCUUGAUCCUCUUUAGUUCUUUUUUAGUGGUUGAUCUCAUUCUCGUAUUCACAAAGCUGCUUGUGGGUGGGGCUGAUAUUCCUAGUAGUUGGAACAUUCUGCACUCAUCAACAUAUAAAAAAACUGAUUUGGAAUUUCGGCACAGAAAAAACGAAUCUCAGGGUACAUGCAUUAUCAAUGCUGUGAACAAAAACCAGCUUCUGCAUUUUUUGCUAGCCAAUGUUUUAACUGGUCUUGUAAACAUGCACUUUGAUACAAUGCACAGCAACACACUGUCUGCCAUGUUAAUUGUGCAUUUAUAUAUGUUUACAAACUGUUUAGCUAUGUAUAUAUUGCAAGCAAAAAAUAUAAUUUUUAAAUGGUGGUAAUUUACAAAACUGCAGGACAUGUCUAAGCAGUCUCCAGGCAUCAACAUUGACUUGAAGGUACAAAAA